UAUGCGUUUUCGGUAAUAUGGACAAUGACGAAAGAUGCUGAAAUAUUGGACACCAAGUAUCACAAGUCCUUGAUUUGCUCCAAAGCGGCGCUCACAUAUGAACAAGCGCAAGAGUUCAUAGACGAUCCUGAAUCGAACACCGAUGUCACGAAGGGACUGCGAGAACUGAUGAAGCUUUCGAAAAUUCUAAAUAAGAAAAGAACUGCGAACGGUGCUUUAACGUUAGCAUCAUCAGAGAUUCGUUUCGACAUGGACUGGGACACACGAACGCCAAAAGCAGUCCAAGAGAAGAAACAUUUGGAUACACAUUCAAUGGUGGAAGAAUUCAUGCUGCUUGCAAAUAUUUCUGUUGCGGAAAAGAUAUUGGCUGAGUAUCCGGAUUGUGCUAUGUUACGACGGCAUCCUGUACCUACUGAAGCUAGCUACAAGCCAUUAGUAGAGGUUAGUUUUUAUUCGAAGAUAUAUUACUCUCUGAAGAUCUUCAUCACCCUUUUUGUUUAA